AUGGCGCCCUUUGAAGCAUUGUAUGGGAAGAAGUGCAGGACACCACUACAUUGGGACGAGGUAGGCGAGAGAAUUGUGAUUGGGCCAGAAAUCGUAUCCAACACCGUGGCCCUGGUGGGCAAGAUCUGGGAGAGGCUACUUGCAGCUCAAAGUAGGCAGAAAAGCUAUGCUGAUAAGAAGCGCCGAGAUCUAACUUUUAGUAAGGGUGACCACGUUUUCUUAAAGGUCUCCCCUUACAAAGGUAUCAUCAGAUUCGGGAAAAAUGGCAAGUUGGACCCAAGGUACAUCGGCCCCUUUGAAAUUCUGGAGGAAAUAGGAGAUGUUGCUUACAGACUUGCCCUGUCCCCAAAUCAUGAUACAGUCUACAACGUUUUUCAUGUUUCCAAUCUAAGGAAAUAUAUUCCAAAUCCGACCCAUAUCAUCCAACAUGAUGUAAUGCAAUGGACACCAGACUUAGCUUAUGAAGAGGUCCCAACAGAAAUAAUUUCAAGGCAGAUCAUGAGGCUGCAAAAUAAAGAAAUCAGCAUGGUGAAGGUUCUGUGGAGCAACCAUUUUGCAGAUGAAGCCACUUCGGAAGUAUAG